CCAGCGUCACCUGUCCGCGCGACACCUGGCAGGCGGCGCGCCGUCUGCCGCGCAUGCGCAACGUCUGCGGCGUGAGCUCUUCUUAAGGGCGUCCCGAGGCGCGUCUCCCCGGCAGAGAGACGCUGCAGGGCGGGGAGGAUGCCUCGCUCCUUCCUGGUGAAGAGUAAGCGGGCGCACAGUUACCACCAGACACGCACCCUGGACCUCACCUGCACAGGUCCUUGGAGUGAUGGUGCGCAGUGUCCCCCGCCGGGUGUCCUCCCGGGUUGGGCUGGUCCGGCAGACAUGGAGGAGGAGGAGGAGGAGGAAGAGGAAGAGGAAGAGGAGGUGACCGCGGCCUUCUCCCCGGCCUCUCACGCCACGGACGCGGCGGAUUUCUUGCCCGAGUCCCCGCUGAGCUGCUCGGGCGACUUGUGUGCGCCCGCCCGCCACUAUGAGGGCUUCUGGAGGCCGCCAUCCCCGUCUGCAUCCCCGGUAGAUUCGAUGACGUCGUUCUCUCCGCCAGCGGACGACGCGCCGCCUUUCGCGGUUCCCUUCCGGCCGUACGACUGGAGGUGCUGCGCGGCGCACAGGCACGAGCACGAGCACGAGGCCUCCUCCGUGUACGCGUACGGUGGUCACGCCGCGCUCCUCGUGCAGGCCCACGACACGCGGCGGCACGCGCCGGAAGUGCUGCAGUGCGCGGGUUUGAUGCUCGGCGGCGCCUACAAGUGCGUCAAGUGCGGCAAGGUGUUUUCCACGCCGCACGGCCUGGAGGUUCACGUCCGCCGCUCGCACAGCGGCAGUAGACCCUUCGCCUGUGAGGCCUGCAACAAAACCUUCGGCCAUGCGGUCAGUCUGGAGCAGCACAAGGCCGUGCACGCUCAGGAGAGAAGUUUCGACUGCAAAAUCUGCGGCAAAAGCUUCAAGAGGUCAUCCACGCUGUCCACGCACCUGCUCAUCCACUCGGACACGCGGCCAUACCCAUGCCAGUACUGCGGCAAGAGGUUUCACCAGAAGUCGGACAUGAAGAAGCACACCUUCAUCCACACAGGUGAGAAGCCGCACAGGUGCCAGGUGUGCGGCAAGGCGUUCAGCCAGAGCUCCAACCUCAUCACGCACAGCCGCAAGCACACGGGAUUCAAACCAUUCGGCUGCGAGCGUUGUGGCAAAGGCUUCCAGCGCAAAGUGGACCUGCGGAGACACAAAGACACACAACACAACCUCAAGUGAAACAUGUCAGCCGCUGCUCAACAAACAAAAACAUUAUUUAUUUUUCAACAAGGAAAUACUUCAACACUAAAAUAUGUCACUGGGCGUGUUCAAUAAAUCAUCAAU